GGUCUUCCCGGUUAGCUCCAUACUCCGGAUCAGCCAUGACCUCUCAGAUUCGUCAGAAUUAUUCCACCGAAGUGGAAGCUGCCGUGAACCGCCUGGUCAACUUGCACCUGCGGGCCUCCUACACCUACCUCUCUCUGGGCUUCUUUUUUGAUCGGGAUGACGUGGCUUUGGAAGGCGUAGGCCACUUCUGCGAAUUGGCCGAGGAGAAGAACCUGAACCAGGCCCUCUUGGAUCUGCACGCCCUGGGCUCUGCCCGCAUGGACCCUCACCUCUGUGACUUCUUGGAAAGCCACUUCCUGGAUAAGGAGGUGAAGCUCAUCAAGAAGAUGGGCAACCACCUGACCAACCUCCGUAGGGUGGCAGGGCCACAACCAGCGCAGACUGGCGUGGCCCAGGCAUCUCUGGGCGAGUAUCUCUUUGAGUGCCUCACUCUGAAGCACGACUAGGCCUCUGUGCCUUCCAAGGGGCUCCCUCCUCUGCUCUGCACCGACCGCCUCAGCACCUCCACCCGAAUGAACCUCUAAAGCCACUAGGCAGCUUUGUAACCGCCCUGGAGCCUCUCCCAGGUCUCAGACCAAGUGAAAAUAAAGCUUUUGAAAAAG